CGCCUCAGGACACUGUUAAGAGAACAUUAAGGAGGGCGCGGGCGAUGGAGCAACGGCCGAUGCCUCUCCCUUCACGCUUAGAAGACGUCGUCAUCCCUGCGCAGUACGCGUCGAAGAUUGACGGGUCCAGAUUCCUGUUGCAUGACUCCGGUGUGCAAGACCAGGACCGUUUCCUUAUCUUCUGCAGCCCGCAGAUGGUGGAUGUUCUCCGAACAUCUAAGAAGUGGUUCGCCGACGGGACGUUCAAGGUUGCGCCUGAGUUGUUUUACCAGGUUUACAGUCUACACUGCGAAGUGGGCGGCUCCAUCCUGCCUGCGGCAUACAUUUUGCUAACGCGGAAAGACUGUGGGACGUACACGCGAGCCCUGAACACCCUUAACGCCGAGUGUGGGGGAGAUUGCGAGCCAAGGACCGUCACAGUGGAUUACGAACUGGCGGCUAUCAACGCUUUCAGGGCGGUCUUCCCAAGCGCCGACGUGCGCGGGUGUUUUUUUCACCUGUCGCAAUGUGUCUACCGCAGACUUCAGUCGGAAGGACUACAGGAGCUGUAUGCUUUUGACCCCGACAUAAACCUGGAAGCUCGCAUGAUCCCAGCUCUUGCAAUUGUGCCCCAGGACGACGUGGAGGGGGCAUUCACCGAGCUUGCGUCCAGCAUCCGCGCAGAACUUCUCCCGGUGGUCGACUACUUCGAGGAUGUGUUUAUUGGGCGGCUAACGGCACGGGGCAGAAGGGAUGCGCAGUUUCCAAUUAAGCUAUGGAACCACCACGACACCGUUCUCCAGGGCGGCUCCAAGACCACGAACUCAGUGGAAGCCUGGCACCGGAGCUUCCAAGCUCAUGUUCAGUGCUCGCACCCAACUCUCUGGAGAUUCUUGGAGGUGCUACAACGAGAAGACGCCCUGCAACUUCACCGGCUUGGAAGACUCGAGAUGGGCCAGCGCUUCAAGCAGGCCUCGAAAUACGCGAAGGCUGCAGAACGGUUAAAGACACUUGCUAGAGAAUACGACGCUAGUGAUGUGCGACGCUUCCUUAGGGGAGUUGCCCGCAACGUGUCGUUCUAGGUCCCGGGCCAUGUGCCUUUUGUAAAUAAA